AUGCGGAAGAACCUGCUGUUCGUAAUGGCCAUGGUCAUUGCGAAUCUCGACGCUGGUCCGUUCCGGAUCCUCGAGCGAAACAAGGUGGUGGUUUGGGGAACCCGUGCAGGGCCGCAACCCUUGCCCAUCGUUGUGCUCGGGUUGAGCCAGCCACGCAGGUGCCAAGACUAG